AUGGGGCCCCCGGGGGCCCCUGCCUCGGGGGGCCCCUCAAUGGGGUUUAAAAAGGGGACUACAACCCUGGCCUUUAUCUACAAGGGAGGAAUUGUAAUUGCCGUCGACAGCCGCGCCUCCAUGGGCGUCGCCAUCAGCAGCCAAACAGUUUGCAAAGUUUUGGAGAUUUCCAGCAUCAUUUUAGGCACUAUGGCUGGGGGCGCUGCGGACUGCAGUUACUGGGAAAGGUACUUGUCCAAACUUUGCGCUUUAUUUGAACACAGAAAUCAAGAAAAGAUUCCUGUGGCAGCAGCUUCGAAUCUUUUGGCAAACAUUUUCUACGCCUGGAGAGGCUAUGGCCUUUGCUGCGGGACAAUGAUUGCUGGCUGGAAUCCAAACAGCGAAGAGCCCGAGCUCUACUACGUAGACGACAAGGCCACCCGCCUCAAGGGAAAUCUCUUUUCUUGCGGCAGCGGCAGCACUUUCGCCUAUGGUGUUCUAGACAACAGCUAUAGAUGGGACAUGAGCGAGGCGGAAGCUGUUGAGUUGGGGCGAAGGGCCAUUUACCACGCGGCCCACAGAGACGGCGGCUCGGGGGGCCUUUGCAGAGUUUACUGCUGCUACCGCGGCGGCUGGCGGCGGGUGGUGGCUGGAGACGACAUAAGCGAAAUGCAUUACGCAUAUGCAGCUGAACAAG